AUGGAUGAAUCCUUGAUGGACAUGUUUGAGACCAUCAACGUCACCCAAGGAUUCUUCAGUGAAAUUCCAUGGGUGAGAUCUGUUGCUCUGAAGUACAUGAAUCUGCAAGGAGAAUCUCCUUUCAGACGAAGUGUUUUCCUCGAGACUGUGCGAUUGAUCGGUAAUCGUCUCGAAGAAAUUCCCCAGGACUUAUUGUGGGGAAUAAAUAAUCUCCGGACUCUCAAGAUACAAUACCAAAAUAUUAAGAGCCUAUCUCCUGCUUCGUUCACGAAAAUCACUUCAUAUCUCGACAAAGAAAUCAGUCUUGAGAGCGUUAAUCUAACAACUAUCGAGCCAGGAACAUUCGCCAAGUUCGAUUACUUGAAGACUCUCAGCUUGGCAUUCAACAAAUUACAGGUUCUCACAGCUGACAUGUUCAAAGGUCUCGAGCGUUUGCAGAUCCUACGAUUGAAUUCCAACCAGAUAAAUAUGAUACAGCCAGCGACUUUCGACGGUGUUAUUAACAUCCACGAAUUAUUACUAGAGUCCAACAAAUUGACUAGUUUACCAGACGGAUGUUUCGUCAAACUUGACAGUCUAGAAGUCUUGAACCUCGAUGUAGACUGGACUCCUUUCGACAUCAUUGGUCGAGCUCGUAGUUUAUUCACUGAGACAUACUGGCUGAAACAUAUUAAACCUGUUCUAGAUGAAUUCCGUCAGCUUCAAUAA